AUGCAUGAGGGUUUGGAGAAAGUCGCGGACCUCCAUAGUCCGGAUGGGCUGGAAGUGGCUCAGAUUGCGGGCGCCCAGGAGCUCGUAGGUGCAGAGCUUCUUGAUGUAUUUCCAGUAGGGCCCAUAGGGGGAGAAUGCAAAGGAGGACUUAUAAGAGACAACGUCUAUGGCGGUCGAGUGCUUGCGGUUGGAGAACACCAGCUCGUGGGUCUUCAGGAACUCGCGGGCAAGCUCCGGGGUGGUGGCCACCACGCAGAAGAUGGAGCCCAGCCGGAGCCGGAACAGGGGGCCGUGCCGCUUGCCGAGCUCGUGGAAGGUCUGGUGCAGGCGGGGGCCCAGGAGGUGGAGAUUGCCGAUGAUGGGGAGGGCCAGGGGGCCGGGAGGGAGAGGCGGCCCGCGGCGGCGUCCGCGAGCCAGGGCCGAGAGGACGGCGACGGAGAGGAGGACCAGAAAGACGGCGAGGGAGAUCUGGACGGCCAGUCGCUCUCAAUCUCUUCUCUCACGUUGAAAUCCAUCGCCAUCGCUGCAUCCUCCACGCGCCACCGUGACCAGCAGACUUCGCCGUCGCAGCCCUUAUCCUCCGCGAGCAGAGCCAUCCCCGACCCCGGCCACCGUCUCGCGACGAGCUCUCUCCUCUCCGAGCCUGCAACUUCCGGCGAACCCUUCUCCGUACCGCAGAUCGUCGCACCUGUUCCGCCCUCCGCCGUGGCCAGUUCUUUUUCUGGCGAACCUCCACGGCCGUGA